ACGUGGUUCGAGCACGUGUCCAUGCUGGUGAUCCUGCUCAACUGUGUGACCCUGGGGAUGUUCCAGCCCUGCGAAGACGUCUCCUGCCAGUCGGAGUGGUGCCUCAUCCUACAGGUGUUGGAUGACUGCAUCUUUGCGUUCUUUGCCGUGGAGAUGGUCAUCAAGAUGGUGGCUCUGGGCAUCUUCGGCUCCAAGUGUUACCUCGGCGACACGUGGAACCGGCUCGACUUCUUCAUCGUCAUGGCAGGGAUGAUGGAGUACUCUCUGGACGGCCAUAACGCCAGUCUGUCUGCCAUCCGCACCGUCCGAGUGCUCCGGCCGCUGCGGGCCAUCAACAGAGUGCCAAGUAUGCGUAUCCUGGUGACGCUGCUGCUGGACACUCUGCCCAUGCUGGGAAACGUCCUCCUGCUCUGCUUCUUUGUCUUCUUCAUCUUCGGCAUCGUCGGGGUCCAGCUGUGGGCGGGGCUUCUGCGCAACCGCUGCUUCCUCGGCGAGGACGUCCGAACAAUAUACAACCUGUCCAUAAGUCCCUACUACAUGUCUGAGGAAGGUGAAGACAGUCCGUUCAUCUGCUCGGCUCCCCGCGAGAAUGGGAUGCUGCGUUGCCACGAUGUGCCCGCCUACAGCGAGGGCGGAGCCGAAUGCUCUUUGGCUGCUCCCCCCAGGGGUUCAGCCCUGAUUGGAUCACCCCCUGUGGUGGGCGGGGCCAGUGUCAACGGCUGUGUGAACUGGAACCAAUACUAUAAUGUCUGCCGCCCCGGGGACAUCAAUCCUCACAAGGGCGCUGUCAAUUUUGACAACAUCGCCUAUGCCUGGAUAGCCAUUUUCCAGGUCAUCACACUGGAAGGAUGGGUAGACAUCAUGUACUAUGUCAUGGACGCUCACUCCUUCUACAAUUUUAUAUAUUUUAUACUGCUCAUUAUAGUGGGCUCUUUCUUCAUGAUCAACCUGUGCCUGGUGGUCAUCGCCACCCAGUUCUCAGAGACCAAGCAGAGGGAGAACGCCCUGAUGAGGGAGCAGCGCGCUCGCUACAUGUCCAAUGACUCCACGCUGGCCAGCUACAGCGAGCCGGGCUCGUGCUACGAGGAGAUGCUGCGCUACGUCAGCCACCUCUACCGCAAGUUAACGCGCAGGGUGCAGAGGAUAUACUCUGGCUGGCACAGUAAACGCCGUAAAAAGGUGAACCCUAACGGCAGCGGUGGCGGCGGGAACGGCGGCGGGAACGGACACGGCCACGGUUUCAGCCGGGGCUGCGGAGGUUCGGGUCCGGCCAGCGCCCCGUGGCUGAGGCCCAUCCACAACCUGCUGCAGCAUCAUCAGCACCACCACUGUCGCCUCAGCAACGGCGGGCAGCACACCAUCACCGUGGUGACCACCGAACAUGGGGAUGGAGGAGCGGAGGAGAUGGAGAUGCGGUCGUUUCCUGUCCAGGGAGGAAGCGGCAAUGGAAAUAGCGGUAGCGGUAGCAGCGGCAGCGACCCGCCUGUCGUCAGCCAUGGCAUGGGGGCGUUGCUGGGGCGACUGAACGGAGGGAUGAACUAUCCGACCAUCCUGCCGUCGUUUGUGUGCAGCUACAGCAGCAAGACGCCGCCUCCCCACUCCCAGCAGUGCAGGCCCAGUCAAGACCAGCACCCACCCAACCACCCAUCCUCAGAGCACUCAGAGACACUGAGCAAGCUUCACCAGCUAAUGGAGCAGCACAGUCGCCAGAGGCUGCUGUACCAGCUGGCAGGCGUGGUGCCCAGCCCUCUGCUGCUGGAGCUGCUCAGCUGCCCGCUGUGCGCCCGCACCCUGGAGACGCUGGAGCUGGAGCUGGGAGACCUGGAGGCAGGCAGGGGGGAGGCCGACAGAGUGCACGACUUCCCCCAGGGCGGGGAUCUAAGAGUCGGGCGAGGUCGAAGCAGGCGGCGGGGGGUCGUGGAGCACAAGAACCGGGUGGUUCAGGCCUGGGUGGACUUCAGGGAUAAACUGAAGAGGAUCGUGGACAGCAAAUACUUCAACCGAGGGAUCAUGAUCGCUAUCCUGGUCAACACGCUCAGCAUGGGGAUCGAGUACCACGAGCAGCCCGAGGAGUUGACAGAUGUGUUAGAGAUCAGUAACAUCGUGUUCACCAGCAUGUUUGUCCUGGAGAUGGUCUUCAAGCUGCUGGCGUUCGGCGUGUUCGGCUACAUCCGGAACCCCUACAACAUCUUUGACAGCAUCAUCGUCAUCAUCAGUGUGUGGGAGAUCAUCGGGCAGGCGGACGGCGGCUUGUCGGUUCUGCGUACGUUUCGUCUGCUAAGAGUUCUGAAGCUGGUUCGCUUCCUCCCGGCCCUGAGGAGGCAACUGGUGGUGCUGAUGAAGACCAUGGACAACGUGGCCACCUUCUGCAUGCUGCUGAUGCUCUUCAUCUUCACCUUCAGUAUCCUGGGGAUGCACCUGUUUGGUUGUAAAUUCAGCCUCCAGACGGAGAACGGAGACACCAUCCCUGACCGCAAGAACUUUGACUCCCUACUCUGGGCCAUCGUCACCGUAUUCCAGAUUCUGACCCAGGAGGACUGGAACGUCGUGUUGUAUAACGGCAUGGCCUCCACCUCGCCGCUGGCUGCUCUCUACUUCGUUGCCCUCAUGACCUUCGGCAACUACGUUCUCUUCAACUUGCUAGUUGCCAUCUUGGUGGAGGGCUUCCAGGCUGAGGGGGAUGCCAACCGGUCAGAGUCGGAUGAUGAGAAGAAAUCAGACAACUUUGAGGAGGAUGAGAAGGUAGAGCAGCUCAGAGACACAGAGCUGAAGAUGUACUCUCUGAUGAUGACCGCCAACGGCCACGUUGACCCUCGUGGCUUAUCGGCGCCUCCCAUAAUCAUGCGGACGGCAGCCACGCCAAUGCCCACUCCCAAGAGCUCACUGGGCCCUGAGUCCAUCCUGGGGGAGGAGCUUAUCCAUGGAGAGGCGGGGCCUCGGUACGGUGAAGGAGGAUUAGGGUUUUCCGAGGCAGGGAUUGGGCAUGGAGACUCUCGACGUGGAAGCUCCGCCUCCAUGGACCCGUCAGCCUACGACCAGCGUUCCCUGUGCCAGUCGAGUCCCGGGCGGCGCUCACCCCUCCCCCGCGGGCCCGGCAGCUCGUGGGGAAGCCGUCGCUCCAGCUGGAACAGCCUCAGCCGAGCGCCGAGCCUCAAACGGCGGGACACCAGCGGAGAGAGGGAGAGCCUGCUGUCCGGAGAGGGACGAGAGGAGGAGGACGGCGGGGAGGACGAGGUGCAGGCGGUGGUCGGGGUCGGGGGAAGCGGUGGCCGGCUGUGUCCAGCGUCCCUGGAGCUGCUGCAGGCGUCCACUCUCUGCCCGGCCAUAAUUGCAGAGUACGGCGACUGUAACGGCAGGACCCUGACCUACGACCCCAACAUUAGCUCUGACCCCAAGGAUGACUCCUCGCCUGAGGACGACAUGGAGGACGAUAGUUCUUUGUGCUACCGGAUCAAGAAGGAGCUGCGUAAAAAGAAACCCCGCUGGUGCCGAGAGCACGAAGACUGGGCCCUCUACAUGUUCUCUCCAGAGAGCCCGUUCCGUGUGUGGUGCCAAGGCAUGAUCUCUCACAAGCUGUUUGACCACGUGGUUCUGGUCUUCAUCUUCCUGAACUGCAUCACCAUCGCCCUGGAGAGACCAGAUAUACAGCCUCACAGCACGGAGAGAGUGUUCCUGAGUGUGUCCAACUAUGUUUUUACUGUGAUCUUUCUGGCAGAGAUGACUGUCAAGGUGGUCGCUCUGGGUUUCUGCUGCGGGAAGCAGAGCUACCUCCAGUCCAGCUGGAACGUUCUGGAUGGCUUGUUGGUGUUUGUGUCUCUGGUCGACAUCCUGGUGUCCAUGGCCUCCUCCGGCGGGAACAGGAUCCUGGGCAUCCUGAGAGUCCUGCGCCUGCUACGCACACUGCGGCCACUCAGGGUGAUCAGUCGAGCCCCGGGGCUGAAGCUGGUCGUGGAGACUCUCAUCACCUCUCUGAGACCCAUCGGGAACAUUGUGCUCAUCUGCUGCGCCUUUUUUAUUGUCUUUGGCAUCCUGGGGGUGCAGUUGUUCAAAGGGAAGUUCUACCACUGUGAGGGUCUGGACACCAGAAACAUCACCAACAAGUCUGACUGUCUGCAGGCCAACUACCGCUGGAUACGACGGAAGUACAACUUUGACAACCUGGGGCAGGCUCUGAUGUCUUUGUUUGUGCUGUCCUGUAAGGACGGCUGGGUCAACAUCAUGUAUGAUGGGCUGGACGCAGUGGGAGUGGACCAACAGCCUGUGAGGAACCACAACCCGUGGAUGCUGCUCUUCUUCAUCUCCUUCCUCCUCAUCGUCAGCUUCUUCGUCCUCAACAUGUUUGUCGGCGUGGUGGUGGAGAACUUCCACAAAUGCCGGCAGGACCAGGAAGAGGAGGAGGCGCGCCUGCGGGAAGAGAAGAGGCUUAAAAUGAUGGAGAAAAAGCGCAGGAAGGCCCAGCAGAGGCCCUACUAUGCGGACUACUCCCCCCUGCGCCUCUACAUCCACACACUGUGCACCAGCCACUACCUGGACCUCUUCAUCACCAUCAUCAUCUGCAUCAACGUCUGCACCAUGAGCAUGGAGCACUACAACCAGCCGCAGUACUUAGAGGAGGUUCUGAAGUACUGUAACUACGUCUUCACUGUCAUCUUCGUCAUCGAGGCUUUGCUGAAGCUGGUGGCGUUCGGGAUACACAGGUUCUUCAAAGACAGGUGGAACCAGCUGGACCUUGCUAUCGUGGCUCUGUCCAUCAUGGGCAUCACACUUGAGGAGCUGAAGAUGAAUGCAGCACUGCCCAUAAAUCCCACCAUCAUCAGGAUUAUGAGAGUCCUCAGGAUCGCACGAGUGCUGAAGCUUCUGAAGAUGGCCACUGGGAUGCGAGCUCUGCUAGACACCGUCAUGCAGGCGCUGCCUCAGGUGGGAAAUCUGGGUCUGCUCUUCAUGCUCCUCUUCUUCAUCUACGCCGCGCUGGGAGUGGAGCUCUUCGGCAAACUGGAGUGUAACGACAAUAACCCAUGCGAGGGUCUCAGUCGCCAUGCUACCUUCGAGAAUUUCGGGAUGGCCUUCCUCACACUGUUUCGAGUUUCCACUGGAGACAACUGGAACGGGAUUAUGAAAGAUACGCUGCGAGAGUGUCACCCAGAGGACCGACACUGCCUCAGCUACCUGCCCCUCGUCUCCCCAAUCUACUUUGUCACCUUUGUGCUCAUGGCUCAGUUUGUGCUGGUCAACGUGGUCGUGGCCGUGCUGAUGAAGCAUCUGGAGGAGAGCAACAAGGAGGCGAAAGAAGAUGCAGAGAUGGAUGCAGAAAUCGCCCUGGAGAUGGAGAUGGAGAGACACCGCAGGCUAAGCUCCGCCUCCAACAGCUCAAUCGGAGGGACCUAUGUUGGGCCACGCCCACACUCACCUGGACAGGAGGAAGAGGUGCAGUACGGCGACCAGGACCUGCUGUCUCCAAGGAAAAUGUCUGUGUCCAGGAUGCACUCCCUGCCUAACGACAGCUACAUGUUCCGACCAGUACGGCCCGCCAGCGCCCCCUACCCUCUGGAGGAGGUGGACCUCAGUCCCCAGCACCAGCACUCAGGCUCGGUGACGUCGGUCCACUCCCAGCCGUGUGAGAGUCGUGCUCUGCUGCAGGUCCCGGGCGUCUCGCCCUCUCGCCCUCGGCCUCUUCCCUCCCUCACCCUGCCCCGCAUCGCCCCACCCACGCCCAGCCCCUCCCCGCGGGCCCUCCGCAGACAGGUGGCAGUUAAAUUGGAUUCUGUGGAGUCCCAGGGUUGUGAGCAUCAGGAGAGGUGCGACCCUCUCCAUCUGCCUCCCUCCUCCCCGUCUCCCCUCCCUCCUCCUCGCCGCUCC